AUGGCCGACACGGACGCGGCUGCUGCUGCCGGGGGCUUAGUGCGGUUCAAGAGCAACUACUCUGUGUCGCGGCGGAUUGAGCCGUUCUACAAGGGAGGCAGAGUGCAGGUAAUUCGCGAUGGGAAGUUCAUGUUCUGCCCCUGUGGGAGCAAAGUCAACAUCAUCGAUGUGGAGACAGGAGCUCUCCUGCACUGUCUGCAGCAGGAGGAGGAGGAGGAUGUCACUGCCUUUGUGCUCAGCCCCGAUGACAAGGUGCUGGUUACAGGGAGCAGAGCUAUGCUGCUGAGGCAGUGGGAGUGGAGGGAGAAGAGCUGUGUGAGGACCUGGAGAGCUGUGCACACUGCCCCUGUGGCUACCAUGGCCUUUGACCCCUCUGCCACCUUGCUGGCCACCGGUGGCUGUGACAGCACCAUUAAGAUCUGGGACAUGAUCAAACAGUACUGCACACACAACCUGAAAGGAUCUUCUGGAGUGGUACACCUGGUGGAGUUCCACCCUGACCUCUCCCGCCUGCAGCUCUUCUCCUCCUCCAUGGACUACAAAAUCCGCAUCUGGAGCCUCAAAUCCAGCAAGUGUGUGGCAGUGCUGGAUGGACACUUCAGUGCUGUCACCUCCCUGGCAUUUGCAGAUGGGAACACACUGCUGAGCUCUGGCCGUGACAAGAUCUGCAUCAUGUGGGACCUGCAGACCAGGGAGAGCACAAGGACUGUCCCUGUCUACGAGACUGUGGAAGCUGCUGUGCUGUUGCCUGAAACAGGAGAUUUCUCUCAGCUGGGUGUGAAGAAACCAGGGCUGCACUUUGUGACAGCUGGAAGUAAAGGCAUCCUGAAGGUGUGGGAGGUGGCCACAGGUGCCUGUGUGCACAGCCAGGCUGUGCCCUUUGAGCUGCAGGAGGAACCCAGUGAGCACAGCCUCACCCACUGCCUCUUUGUCCCUGAGAGGAUGGAGAUGGUCACUGUGUCUGUGGAGCACCAUAUUGUCUUCUAUGAUGCUCAUACCCUUCAGCUCAGGAAGCAGCUUGCAGGGUACAAUGAUGAGGUCCUGGAUGUGAAGUUCCUGGGCCCUGGUGACUCUCACAUCGUUGUGGCUACCAACAGCCCCCAGCUGAAGGUGUUUGAGCUGGCCACAUCCCACUGCCAGAUCCUCUAUGGCCACACAGAUACAAUCCUGGCUCUGGAUGUCUUCAAGAAAGGUCUGAUGUUUGUCACCUGUGCUAAGGACAAGAGCAUCCGAGUGUGGAGGAUGGGCAAGGCUGGCAGGGUGAUGUGUGUGGGACUGGGCCUGGGCCAUGCCCAUGGGGUGGGAGCUGUGGCCUGCUCCAGACUGAAGCAAAGCUUCAUUGUCACCAGCAGCCAGGAUUGCACCAUCAAGAUCUGGAACAUCCCUGAAUCACUCACUUCCAAGGCGAGAGCAGCUUUGCCCUCCAGCCCAGAAACUCUCCAUGCAAGAGUGACUGAGAAAGGCCACGACAAGGACAUCAACAGCGUGGCAGUGUCCCCCAAUGACAAGCUGCUGGCCACAGGCUCUCAGGACAGAGUGGCCAAGCUGUGGUCCUGCUCCGACUGCUCCUUGCUGGGAGUGUUCUCUGGCCACAAACGUGGCAUCUGGUGUGUGCAGUUCUCUCCUGUGGAUCAGGUCUUGGCCACCUCCUCAGCAGAUGGCACCCUGAAGCUGUGGGGCCUGAGGGACUUCAGCUGCCUCAAGACCUUUGAAGGCCAUGAUGCCUCUGUCCUGAAGAUCAUUUUUGUGAGCAGAGGGGCACAGCUGCUCAGCAGUGGAUCUGAUGGUCUCAUAAAGCUCUGGACAAUUAAAACAAAUGAGUGUGUGAAAACCUUAGAUGGGCAUGAAGACAAAAUCUGGGGCCUUCACUCCAACAAACAAGAUGACAUGGUUGUAACAGGCUCCAGUGACUCCUGCAUCACCCUCUGGCAGGAUGUCACUGAAAUUGAGGAGAAAGAAGCACAAGCUAAGCAGGAGGAGCAGAUACUGAAAGAGCAAGAGCUUUCCAACCUGCUGCAUGAGAAGAGGUACCUCAAAGCUCUGGGCUUGGCCAUCUCCCUGGAUCGGCCACACACUGUGUUGAUGGUGGUCAAAGCAAUCCUCAAGGAACCUGAGGGGAGGAAACACCUGGAAGAGAACAUUGUUCAGCUCAGGAAGGAUCAGAAAGAGGCAGUGCUGGCCUUCCUGGUGACCUGGAACACCAACUCCCGGCACUGCCACGAGGCCCAGGCUGUCCUGGAGACCCUCCUGAGGCAUGAGGAACCUGACAGCCUCCUGCAGCUCUCAGGCAUCAACUCUGCUGUGGAGUCUCUUCUGCCAUACACAGAGCGUCACUUCCAGCGCCUGAGCCGACUGCUCCAGGCCUCCAUGUUCAUCGACUUCCUGUGGCAGAACAUGAGGUUGGCAGGCACAGCUCAGCAGGACAGUGGGACACUGUGA